GGAUUGGCGUGGCGUGCGACGCCGCGGUCCAGAGCGAGGGCAUGCAGGUGCGCAAGGCAGGCUUGGAGCAGCGGCCGUCGAAGGUCAUCUCCGCGUCGCCCGUCCAGCAACAAGGGCUUCGCCACGAGGCGGCUCCUGUCUGGCCCGUCCGCCCGGCUGGCGUGCGGCUCUGCCCCGGGGAGCAG